GGGGAAGUCCAGCAGCUCGCUUUGCAAGCUUUGCCUACAGCUUCUUUGCACUAUCAGCGCACAACAUACACACCCGGGAGAGCAAUUAGAGAGAGAUGGACUUCCAGCACAGAGGUCACCCUUACUCCAUCCCAGAGGAUGAAGAGGUUGCUCACAGGGUCGCACCUGAUGCCCACAGCUCUGUGGGAAAUGAAGGCGAGAAACCGGUGUCGAAAUUGCAACGUAGGCACAGUGACAUAAAACUCUACAAAGAGUUUUGUGACUUUUAUGCGAAAUUCAACAUGGCGAACGCGCUUGCAAACGCCAUCUGCGAGCGCUGCAGAGGUGGCUUUGCCCCUGCCGAGAAGAUCGUCAACAGCAACGGUGAGCUGUACCACGAGCAGUGCUUCGUCUGCGCCCAGUGCUUCCAGCAGUUCCCCGAGGGGCUCUUCUAUGAGUUUGAAGGGAGGAAGUACUGUGAACAUGAUUUUCAGAUGCUUUUUGCCCCUUGCUGCCAUCAAUGUGGUGAGUUCAUUAUUGGUCGUGUUAUUAAAGCUAUGAACAACAGCUGGCAUCCAGAGUGCUUCUGCUGUGAUAUCUGCCAGCAAGUAUUGGCCGAUAUUGGAUUUGUCAAGAAUGCUGGCAGACAUCUGUGCCGUCCUUGCCAUAACAGGGAAAAAGCCAGAGGACUGGGGAAGUACAUUUGCCAGAAGUGUCAUGCCAUUAUCGAUGAACAGCCCCUCAUAUUCAAAAAUGAUCCUUAUCACCCUGAUCAUUUCAACUGUGCAAACUGCGGGAAGGAACUCACCGCUGAUGCUCGUGAGCUGAAGGGAGAGCUUUACUGCUUACCUUGCCAUGACAAAAUGGGUGUCCCCAUCUGUGGGGCCUGUAGAAGACCAAUUGAAGGCCGUGUGGUGAAUGCUAUGGGUAAACAGUGGCAUGUGGAGCAUUUUGUUUGUGCAAAAUGUGAAAAGCCAUUCCUGGGCCAUCGUCAUUACGAGAGAAAAGGCUUGGCAUAUUGUGAAACCCACUACAAUCAGCUGUUUGGUGAUGUUUGUUUCCAUUGCAACCGUGUGAUUGAAGGUGAUGUUGUGUCUGCUCUGAAUAAGGCGUGGUGCGUGAACUGCUUCGCUUGCUCAACUUGCAACACUAAGUUAACACUCAAGAAUAAAUUUGUCGAGUUUGAUAUGAAGCCUGUCUGCAAAAAGUGUUAUGAGAAGUUUCCUCUAGAGCUGAAGAAAAGACUGAAGAAGCUAGCUGAAACUUUGGGAAGGAAGUAAAGACCUCAUCUGCUCUCCCCCUCCUUUGUGAAAAUCUUAUAUAUAUUACUCCGGGAGGAAAAGGGGGGCUGCUUUGAGGCUGCAACAAAUGAUGGUGUAUGCCUUCUAUCAAACUGAAAUAUU